CCACCUUCAGUCCAGUUGCCGCAGGGCGCAAAAGGAAAAAGUCCGUUUGGAGUUGGCAGAAUGGUCAAAGUCAGUCUACACGGAGAGCUCGACUCGUUCGGAGGCUGUUCGUUAGGUCAGCUCAUCAGUGAUCAUCAUCGAUCGUCGAUCCUCAACUUAGCUGUCAAAACGAGUGACGACGUAUUAGAUCUAGUGUGAUUCGUUAAGGUGAUAUAGAUCGCGAAGACUGUUGUUCGAUCCAUUCGAUCUUUAAUCGUCGAUAAUCCAACGAUUAUUUCGUUAAUUCGACGAACGUACGAGGAAAGACGAGGGAAGUUUAUGAGGACUCUUAAUAAGUUGUCGAAAGACCUGAAGGUCUGAAGUACGUUUAAAGAAAAGUGAGAAUUACGAUUACGGUUUAAGAAUGACAGUACUAAGGAUGACCUCGCCGGUGACGCCUCCAUCGACCAGUCCAGGAUCGGCCGACGAGGCACAAGCGCCGCAACCUAGUCCUAGACCUGCACAUAGAUUGAGUUUCUCCGUGGCUGCGUUAUUGGCGGACACUAGGAAGUCAUCGGAGUCUACAACUAGGCAAGACACUUCGACGAUCUCGUUGGAAUCAUCGCCUAUCUCUUCUUACUCGCCUGUACGACAAGAUCACGUAACCACGGUACCCAUAACUUCUAACACACCAUCGAAAUAUCCUAGCGAUCUUAGAACGAACAGGUAUAAUUUAUCGGCGUCGCCCAAUCUAGAAGCUAAGACGCCUCAAUACACCUGCGAUUCGCCAGGAAUUACAACAGAAACUAGAACAACGCCCUCGAGAUACACCGACGUCGAAUUGGGUUUAGAAUCACCAACGGACAGACAUACGUCUUACGGGACGAUCGACUAUAGAAUCAGAAACACCACCACCACCAACACCACUAUUACCCUCAACAACAACAACAACAACAACAACAACGACGCGCCAAUAUCUACGGAUAAUCAAGUGUUAAUCAAGUGUUCAGCCCCAUCGCCAAAAACAACGAGCAAUUCGCAGAAAGACUUUGGUUCUCAGUCACCAAGAAGUAGCUCUCAAGAGGAAGGAAGGUCAAGGUGUUCCGAGAUCGAGGAUAUCGAUGACGACGAUGAAAAUAGUCUGGUAGAUGUCGAAGAUCUUCAACAACACGCAUCCAGUCCGACACCGGUUAGGCCAACUCCAGCUUACGUCGGUGGGUUCUCAACGUUAGGAACCAUUCCUGGUAUACCACCUGGUCUUCAUCCUGCCGUUUGGGGCGCCGGACAUCAGGCUGCUGCUGCUGCCGCUGCUGCGGCUGCUGCCACGGCUACAUUUUUCCCUUCUCAUUUUGGUCAUCAUGCACCAUUAAACGAAAAUGGAGAACCCGCCAAGAUCAAAUGCAACCUCAGGAAACACAAGCCCAACCGGAAGCCGAGGACACCGUUCACGACGCAACAGUUGCUAGCUCUAGAGAAGAAGUUUCGUGAGAGGCAGUAUCUCAGUGUUGCCGAACGAGCCGAGUUCUCGUCGUCUCUCCAUCUAACAGAAACUCAGGUGAAAAUCUGGUUUCAAAAUCGACGUGCAAAAGCGAAACGUUUGCAAGAGGCAGAAAUCGAGAAGUUGCGAAUGUCCGCCGUAAGGCAACACCAUACGGCACUUUACGGAUCGCAUCCGGGACUCCUAACGCCUGCCGGACUCUAUCCCAUGGGAAUGCUAUCUCAUCCUGGAUUAACACCUCACCAUACGAUAUCUCAACAUCCUUCGAGAGAAUGAAGGCAACGUCUUAGAAAUCUAGGAUUCUAAACUUGUCGUUCUUAUCUUACGAGUAACGACGUUAAACGAAUAUUCUUCAAUUCGAAUUAUCUCGAAGAGAAGAAGAAGCUGCGAAAGAUGAGCAAUCGAUUUCGAUUCUUUUGUUGGAAUCGAAAAGAUAAGAUGGGGUGAAAAAAAAGGAAAGAAAAAGAGAAAGGAAAGAUUUUUUUCAAAGUCCGAUUCAAUGAUCGAGCAGAUCGAUUCUUUUUUUCAUUCUUCUUUCUUUUUUUCCAUUUUCUUUUUCUUCUUUUUCUUUGUUCUCUCCAUUAUUAAGAACGACAAGAAAGAUGAAACGAUCGUUAAUCAGGAAUUAUAACGAAGAAUAACGAAGAAUCUCGACUUCGAUUCUGCACUUGUGCCAAGUUGUUCCUUUCGUUAAAUAACGAUGGGUACAGCAACGAUAAAUAAAUGUUGUAAAUAAACUUGUAAAUAUUAUCAUCGUCCGCGACGAAAAAUGAUGACACGAAGAACUUCCUGUAAAUAAAAUGUUCGUGCGUGCGAAAAAGAAAAUUAACUCGAGUCUUGUGCGAUUCGUCGAUAAGAUAUUAUCAUAGAUCCGAUGAUCCUCGUGAUUCGUGACUGAUCGCGAUUGUGCGCGAUUUUUUUCUUUUCACUUUUUUUCUUUUUCUUUUUCCAAUUUUGUACAAAUGUAUAAGAAUUAUCGCGAGGACGCGAACGGAAUGGGAAUGGAGAAAGAUUAGAAAAGAAUUCUAUUUAAUAAAAAUCCUAAUAUCUAAGAAUAA